UUAUUUAAAGAGUUUUCCGCGAUGAUUAAGACUGUUGUCCUUGUUAUUGACAAAGCUUCACAAUAAUUUUUCAAACUUGAAAAUGAAACGAUAACAUUUAAAAACUGAGGUUAUGGCAACAUGGCAUUGACCAUCGUCGUUCGAAAAUUCAGCAUUGUCGCGUGUCGCAGUUCUCUUUUAACCAUUAACAAAGAUAAAAAUGACCAGAAAGAAACCAACUCAGUAAUAGCUCACACAUUACUAGUUAGUUGUUACGAGCAAUAUCGAAGGUUCACGCGAUAAACCCUUUGAUAAAAAUAUUCUCCUUUUUAGUACAUCGUCAUACAACAUUUUCUUGCUAUGUUUUUACAAAAGUUGUACUUCGUUUUACACCUCUUGUGACAAAUACACGUAUACUACAAGUGUUAUUUUUCGCGUUCGUACGUUUUCGAUGCACUAACUUGAAAAGUACCUACCUAGUACCUACCUAAGUACCUUUGUAAUAAUUAGUAACGUAAAAGACGAAAUUCUAAUGAGCUGUUUGAAUACCUCGUACCUGUAUUAUUAUUAUUUUUUUACUGUGAAUUUUGAACAAUAAAAUCCUGAGCUUAUGUGUGCUCUGAAAAUAUUAUGUGGAUCUGAUAAAUUAUUAAUUCCUAAAAUCAGUGUGUUUCUAGUCACGUGUUACUUUCGUGCAAAUAUACUUUGCUUAUCUUAUUAUUUAUACGUGUAUCGGUGAAAUAACAUACGUAACGAUUCCUCAACGUAAUUGAAAGUCUAUGCACUCGUGUAUCUAAUAAUGCCAAGAAUUGAAUUAGACGAUUUAGAAGCAAAUUCUUAUCCACAUUCUCUCCAAUCAACUCUACUCUUUCUGCUCAAGAACAACAGUAUCGAUCAGUUCAUCGAUGUGAUAAACAAUGACUCUUCUACCGUGAACCAUUUCUACCUAGAAGACUCAGAAAACGGUACCCUACUCGAUUUAGCUUGCCGAACGCCCGGAAACAGUCAAUUUGUAGACAUCCUUCUGCAACGAGGAGCGAAUCAGAACGUGAUCAAUAGUCUAACUGGUAAAGCUCCGAUACACGAGGCUGUCCAAAAUUCAGACGCUGAAACCCUUCGUGUUCUGUUAGAGGACCCGAAUUGUAACAUUAGUUUCCCAGAUUCAAACGGAACUACUGCUUUGCAAUACGCUGCACUGCACAAUAAGGUCGACUUGAUAGAUGUUUUAAUCCAGCAGGGUGCUAAUAAGGCUGAAAUAGAGAACUGGCCCGAGACUAGGGCAGCAUCUGCGAGUAUACCGAUUUCGGUAACGUUACAGAAACGUAACAGCGCUUUGAACGCGUUUCGUAAAUUGAAAACGUUAUCGAGUUUGGACAACGAUAGCGAGAUGUAUAUCAAAGGUGACUCCAUCGGAGAGUUUAUCAAAAAACAAUACCCCAAACAUGCGAAAGAAAUGCAGAAAAGCUCCGCUCUUUACACACCGAUAAUGAAAGCAGCCAGGUACGGACAUUAUAAGACUUUCGAGAGGUUAUGGAAAUACGAAGGCGUUUCCAUCGAACCAAUUGCUGGUAAAACAAUCCUGCACGCGGUCCUCGAUGGUAUAAUUGCAGCCAAGUACAAAGAUUGCCCUGCUAGGGUGUUCAUGGAGAACUUGGUGGCUGGUAAAAGGAAACGUGACUCUGUAAACGACGCUUAUUUCCCUCCAGAGCCGUAUUCGCUGUACCAGGAUGAGAAACAGGAUUAUUAUCGAUUAAUCGAGUAUAUUUUGAAAAACAUCCCGUCCAAUAAAUUAGAUAUAAAUUUUUCCGACGAAAGUGGCAAUACAGCUUUGCAUUACGCUGUUGCUUGGAAAGAGACCAAGGUGACCAAAGUUCUUUUACACGCUGGAGCUUACACUUGUAAGCCUAAUAAAAAUGGUACAAUACCUUUACGAUCAAUCAGUGCUGAGAUGUUGGAGCAGUAUUUGGAUAGCUGCAUCACGUCCAAUGAUUACCCUCCUGAGCAUAGCGAUUUCAAGUUGACCUUCAACUACAAGAUGUUCUUGUCACCUAUCAAACAAUUUUCGCAGAAAAGCGACAAACACAAUAUCGAAGCUGGUCCUAGAAAGGUGCAAUAUCAGACUGUACGCGAAUCCGAACCUAUUCUGGUGAUGAAUAAGAUAUCGAGAUUGAGAAAACUGCUCAUACAUCCGCUCAUAAGGAGUUAUUUGAAUCUAAAGUGGCGUAUUAUAAAGAAAUAUUUCUAUUAUAACUUCAUUUUGUACUUUAUUUAUUGGUCUUUGCUCAGCUCGUAUUUGUUUUACGUUUUCUAUCCCCCUGAACCUUUGGAUUCUGAUUCGUCUCCGAACAGUACUAGCCCCAGCGAUAAUCUAUCCAAUAUCACUAAUUUCACCAUAAAUUUCCAGCCAGUUCUCCGGCAGUAUUCCCAACCAGUUUCAAAUCAUUCUCGAAAUUAUUCUCAACCAGUCUCGAAGCAUUCCCAAAACCGUACCCAACCAGUGGUCUCGAAUGGCACUGAAAUCACUGGCAAUUUCACCAAUCCUGAUGUAAAUAUAACCAUAUCAGAAUACGACCCUUACCAAUCCAUGAUAGAUGUACCUUGGCGAGUAAUGAUCUUGGUAUCUUGCAUUUUGCUCAUCCUAAGGGAGGGUUUUCAAGCCUACGUGCUCCCCAGAUCAUACCUGAAAUCGGCUGAAAACUGGUUGGAAAUGAGUUUGUUUGUUUUGACCUUCGUUUUGAUCACGUUUUAUAUAAAUUCACCCUGGAGAUCUCCUCUGUCAGCCACGGUGAUCUUGGGAUCUUGGAUGGAGCUUAUUUUAUUAAUGGGUCGACAUCCAUUUUUCUCAACUCACGUCGAAAUGUUUAAAACGGUAUCGUUGAAUUUCUUGAAAUUCCUGCUCCUCUAUUCCAUCAUGAUCAUAGCUUUCGCAUUCAGCUUCUAUAUUCUGUUCAAAGAUAAGAAGGAUCCUGAUACUAAUAAUCCUACCGUAUUUCAGUAUUUUUCUGUCUCUGUUUUCAAAACUCUGAUCAUGCUGACUGGCGAAUACGAUGCGUCGACUAUUCCACUGGGUGAUUCGUUCAAUGUAGCUCAUAUAGUCUUCGUUCUGUUUCUUUUCCUAAUAGCUAUCGUAUUAUUCAACCUGCUCAGCGGGUUGGCCGUAGGGGAUACGCAGAAAAUCAGAAACGAUGCUGAAAUCGUAGGUAUAGUUUCUAGGAUAAAAUUCAUAGCCUAUGUAGAAACCAUGGCUGUGGGUGAUCCUAUACAAUGCCUGGAUUUCGUUGAUAAACUGUUGCUGUGUUUUUGCUGCUGUUUUUUCUGGCCUCGUGAGAAGAAGCUGAAUGUGAGUUUGGAAAAAGUAGACGAUAGUACGGCUAUUGCUUACAGUAAUAGGAAAUCUUUGGAAACCUUUCACAAAAGGAUUAGUUUAUCGUAUAGAUUACGUAAUAGUAGAAUUGAAACCUUUCCUAAUCGUAGCCAUUUUACGUGGAAGAGCUUCGAUCCUCAGAUUAUCGAAGAUGCGGUGACUAUUUUGAGGAAAGGUAAGCAAAUGGAAGAGAUGAGUAAUGAUUCAGAGUGCUCGAGGCAGGUAACUGAGUAUAAAGUGAAGCUGCGUAAAAUGGAAAACUUAAUGUAUUGUAAGCAAAUAACCGAGCUUAAUUUGUUACGUACGUUGACGAAAAAAUUUGCACGUAGUGGUGGCAGAAAGGUUCGAAAAAGGAAACGUACUAGGAGUGGGAGAAGAGGUAGUACAAAGUCGAUUAUUUUCGCACCAAGAUCGAAAGAUCAUUUGACUCCGAUGAGGAAAGUGAGCAGAGUAAGCUAUUCGGAUUUUUACUGAGUAUUGAGUGAUUUUAUUUUGGCGAAUCAGUAACAAUUGAGUAGGUAUUUAUAGAAUGGGUAAGAUUCACAGUCAGUUGAUCUAUUCCAUCAAGUGAUCGGUGAUCACUGAUCAGAUGGUCGUCUUAGACCAGCAUUCAGAUUGCAUAAUUAUGAGGAGCAGGGCCCAGCCAUUCUACCGGAAAAUUUAAUGCUGGAGAGGAAUAAAAUACCAGCUUUUCCCCCUCCCUUAUUUCCAAAAGGAAAAUUCCACUUUGAAAGGAUGGACAUUUUUUUGUCGUUUUUGUUUCAAGAGUUUCCUCAUUAACCUUACUCAUAUGAUUUGUAUUACCAACACAGGCAGGUACAUAUUUGAGCUGAGAAAAAAUAAAUAAAUAAAGCGUUAUACUUAAUUAUUUUAGGCGAUUGUUAAAAACUAAACGAGUGAGGUUAGGAGGAUUCGCUGGGUGAUGUACUUGAAUUUUAGAAAAUCGAGUAUAGAUAUUCGAGCAUGAUUUUUAAAAAGACCAUGUCAAUUGGUUAUGUGUUCGAAAGCUGAUCAAUUUUUAAAUGUAAAUAAUUAUUAUAUCUACUUAUCUCGCUCCUUCUCUAAACUAAUUUCUUUUCUACUUUUUUUUUAUUUUCACCGCCAUGCCGGAUGAACUGAAUCAAGUAUACGAUUAGAUUCUAGAGACAUUUUUUUUAGGAAUAUUUUUUAUAAGUUUUAUUCACCUAUGUACAAAUUACUUUAUACCUGAAUAGGUACCUUAAUAAAAUUAUAGAUUAAAA